UCAGCUCCUCCACACCUCCCUCAGAAACUUAACGUGUGUGCUGGUUUUCUCUUAUAAUACGGAAUAAAAUAUAACAAAACCAUGGAUUUGGACUCUAUGAAAUAUGCCGAUCUGAGAAGCAUCGCGAAGGAGCUCGGGCUUAAAGGGAAUGUGAAGGCUGACAAACUCCUGAAAGCGAUCAAGCAGCAUUAUCGUCAAGAAAAGGACAAAGAGGAGGAAGUGCAGGAGCAAGAGAAAGAUGUCCCUGCUGCUGUUGAAGAAGAUGAAGCUGUGACACAGGACAGUGUUCAGGAUGAGGAAGAGGUUCCCUGCCCCACUGUGUUUGUGAACACACGUCGGGGCAAAGGGAACGGUACCAAGAGAAAACUCUCUGAUACUGCGACCGUGUGUGAGGACAAGUCACCUCCAAGUGACGCCCAGGUUGACACUGUAGUGGCUUCAUCUGCUGCACCCUGUGGGGCUUGGGGGGCUAAGAAGAGGAAAGUGUCCUCUGCCAAGGACUCUGAACAAAGUGAGACCGCGCCUCUUCAGGAGCCCCAGACCUCUGAGGUUAAAGAUGAAGCCGCUGUGCAUGAUAACACGGAAAAAGCUCAGAAGGUGGCCAAAGCCGGUAAAAUCCCUCGACUGCAGGCUAAGAAAAAGCUGAUGUUGAACCCUGUCACUCCUAACUUCAAGAAACUCCACGAGGCAAAUUUCAGCAAGAUGGAGUCCAUUGACUCUUAUGUCCAGAGAAAAAACAAACAGAUGGAGUCUCUAAGGAGCUCAGGCAAGGAACUGAAGACUCCGUCAGACAAAACUAAACUGCAGCAAGUUGAUGCCAAAACUAAAGUGAAGGUGAGCGAGACUCGUGCCUCCAUGUUCAGCCCCAUCCUGCCGAAUAAAAAACCAGCAAAGGACAAACGCAGGAACACUGUGCUCUCUGCCAGUAAAGCUAAACCUGCAGGGAAGGAAGCGGCUCUGUUCAGACCGUCUGUCCUCUCCACGCGCAGGAUCAACGUUCGGUUCUCAGAAGCCACUCAUGACAAUGGGAAUAAGAAAUCUCUGGUGAAGACGCCGGCGCGCAUGACUCUUUGCGUGACCUCGAGCACGCCUAAAAAACCCACCACUGCUGAGGGAGAGAAGCCCAAAGCCGUCAAGACUUUCUCUGCCACAAACACUUCAGGAGCGUUUGUUUUCACGGGCAACACGAGUGCUUUGAUUACCCCCGGGAACCAGAAGAAGCCGACCUUUGACCUGAAGGCCAGUCUGUCUCGUGCCCUCUCUUACAAGCCCCACUCAGGUAAACUGAAGCCGCUCGGAGACGCCAAUGAAAACCCGGCAGCAAACAAGUCGCUGAUCUCAAACUCUCAUCAGAAAAACUACAAACAGCACCAGGUCCAGACACGGGGGGACAGGAGAGGGAAGCACGAGGAAGGCAGGAAGCAGAAGAAAGAGAAUCUGCUCGGGGCCAGAAGAGGCCUCGUCAUGAUGUGAAAAAAAUAUCCCGCUUGUUUCUAUACGUUUUGUACAGCUUGUUUUCCAUUGUAAAUAUUUUGUUUUCUGCAGCUCACGCUUCUUUUAGCCCGCUGUUAGGAAGCUCUAAUCCUCUGCUUCUAUCUUACCUAAUGUGUUUUUAGAUCUGAUGCCGUAGUUUACAGCUCUUAAUGAUGCUUUUAUGUAUUUUGACACCAUUGUACUGGUACUUUUGUUAUUAAAAAUUUGAUUUGCCGACUAAUAAAAAGACAUUGAUACUAAUUA